AUGAAUAAUUCACAGACCUGGGAUCUUUUUCACAAAGGGCAUCUAUUCUACGCCAGAGACUCGAGGAAGAAGAACUCAGAUUCUCAUCACAUCGCUGAAAUGAUUGCACUUCUUGGUCCGCCACCAAAGGAGAUGAUCCAGAGCAGUGAAUAUGCUGCAGAAUUUUUUGACGGUGAAGGCAAUUGGAAGGGAGUAGUUCCGAUUCCUUCAUUAACUUUGGAGCAGCUCGAAGGGAAUUUGCAUGGGGCGCAACAGAAGCUUUUCCUUGAAUUCAUGCGCAAGAUGCUUCAAUGGCGACCAGAAGAGAGAGCCUCAGCAAAGGAUUUAUUGUCGGACCCCUGGUUAAAAUCGCCGUAA